AUGGAGAUCGCAAGCUACAUCAAUAACUCUCUGCUACUCAGUCGCCGGUCCCUGAACGCCUCUGCAGCAGACCAGACCAUAUAUGAGGAGUGCAGAGACCUGCCUGAAGUCAUCCUUUUCUAUCUGGGUUUGCAGUUUGUCAACAUGUUCCUGGGCAUACCUGCCAACCUGAUGGUGCUGUGGCUCAUUCACAAGAACAAUGGUGACUCAUCCACCUCAGACAUCUUCGUCAUGCACCUGGCUGUGCUGGACAUGUUCUUCUGCCUCAUCCUGCCGCUGGAGCUGGCUAGCCUGGUCUACCUGACCACCAACAGUACCUGGUACAUCCUGCGCUUUUUCUACGGCAUCAAGGACUCCUCGCCACUAUUCCUCUCAUGCAUCUGCCUUGACCGCUACAUGGCUGUGCUUCACCCAAUAACUUUCAACCGCCUGAAGGGGCGGCGAUACCGGGCCACUUGCGCUGCCGCUGUCUGGGUCACCACCCUGGCCUACGCCGUGGCCAAGUGCAUCUGCAUCAUCCCAAACUUCCACAAGGCCUUCACAGCCAUGAUCUUGGCAGCAUUUACUUUCAUGGUGUUCUGCAACAUCUCCAUCCUCUGGGCGCUAAGGCUGUCCAGGCCAGGCCGCGACGACAUGCACCCAGUCAAGAAGAGGGCUUUUAAGAUAGUUCUCAUUAUUCUGGCCAUCAUUGUCUUCAACUACUUUCCACCUGUAGCUCUCUUUCCAUUCCAGGCCUAUUUCUCCCAGGAAGUGUUCAUGUGUUACAUCCACUACAUAGCCUUUGGCUUCAUGGACAUCAGCAGUAGCAUUCAGCCCCUGCUGUACUUGUCCAAAGAGAAGCCAAAAUGCACAGCGUGCUGUUGUAAGUGUUGCAUCACUAAAAAGACUGACAAUAUAAUCGUGGCUGAGGCAUCAACUGUGUAUUCUAUAAAUUGUUAA